AUGCUUGCAUUCCGGAAAACAAAGAACGUAGCAAAACGUGUAAACGACGUCAGUAUAGAUCUAGAAGCAGAUUUCAACCCCUUCUUACUGGCAUCAAAUACUCCGAAGGGAAAUACGCAAGGGUACCCAUUUGUAGACCCUUUGUCAGACGACGAACCGCUACCCAAUCCUUACAAUGUUGAUGACGGGUUCAUUGACUGGAGCACAUACAAGUCCAAGGGUGCAAAUCUUGGCAGCUGGCUCGAGAAGGAACGCGUCCAUGACCCCAUCUGGUGGGUCAACGUAGGUGGUGCAAACGCCUCAGAUGAAUGGAUUCUUGGCGAGCAGUGCGGUCCCAUCUUCGAGGAACGUUACGGCAGCUUUCUCAACUUUAGCACAAUCGAUACUCUCGCCAGUGUCGGCGUCAACACGCUGCGUAUCCCCACCACAUACGCAGCCUGGGUCAAGGUUCCUGGCUCCGAAUUCCACUCUGGCAACCAAGUCCAGUUCCUCGACCGCAUUGUCACCUACGCCGUCAACCGUUACAACAUGCACAUCAUCAUUGGUCUCCACUCUCUCCCUGGCGGCGUGAACUCUCUCGAUGUCGGUGAAGCCUUCUUCCACGACGACUGGUUCUACAACCAAACCAACCUGGCUUACUCCUACCUGGCUGUAGACCGCAUACUUGACUACAUCAAGGCCUCGCCCCUCGGCCUGAACAAGUUCACCAUCGAGCCCCUUAACGAAGCCUCGGACACCAACCUUGUCAACUUUGGCACAGAAGCCGGCCUGACCGACAAGGGUACCGACUGGGUGAACCAAUACUACUACGACGUCUUGGAGCGUAUCAGGAAAGUCGAUGCUCGUAUUCCCAUGAUGAUCCAGGACUGCUUCAAGGGCGCCGAAUUCUGGGCACCGUUCUACAACACCACGGACACCAUCGUCAUGGACACACACGUCUACUACUUCGCCGCCGCUGGCACGUACUCUAACUACGUCAAUGGCGCUGUCUGCGGUCAGGCACAGUACAUUGCAAAUCAGACCAAGUUCCCCAACUUCAUUGGCGAGUGGUCGCUGCAGACCAUGUACAACAACACACUUGCUAACCGUGAGAGCAUCUUCAACACCGAGAGGUAUGCGUGGAGUGAGUAUUUGAGCGGCGGAGCAUUCUGGACGGCUGUCUCGUACUCUACUACGCCGGUAGAUGGCGAGGGUACCCAGAGGGAGUACUGGAGCUAUGUCGAUCUGAUCGAGCAGGGCGUUGCCAAGCCACAGGUACCUGGCCAGGUUUUCUGCUAG